AAAACACAUGGAAAUUAUACUGUAAUUGUGAAAGAUAAAAAGGUAUCAAAUAGACAAUGGGAAUAUGGACAGUUAGUUAAGUCUCAGAGUUCAACUGGUAACUUUCAAACACAUUUAAAUACACAUGGAAUUACUAAACCUGCCAAAGUUGUUAAUGCAAUCAAACAACCAACAAUUUCUGAAAUGGUUUAUCGUGCUGCUGGACAAAAUACCCAUCAAAAAGAAGCCAUCAACUAUGCUUUGGUAGAAUAG